AAACACAGCCUACGUACGCCGGAUGGCAUAGGACCCGCGGGCUCCCUCCCCUUUUCCUGCCCAUCUGUGAAUCACGGGGACAGCAGAUGACACAGAAAUAGGUGGAAACCCUGAGUUUCUCCUAUUUCCUUAUAAUAUGGCGUGGCUUGGUUUUCCUUUGGCUUCCUAAAGGAAUGAGGCUUGUGAUUGUACAAUUUCUGGCUGGCUGGCUGGCCCUUCAAUUAACUUUUGAAGCCAUUAGCCAGUUUCAGCCCAAUUUGACAGCAAGCUAGUGGUUUCACAGACUCCUUUCUCUGAUUUUCUAGAAAAUCAGAGGACACUCUGAUUUUCUGCUGGAGGACACUCUUCCUCUCCUGCUCAUGAGAACAUCUAAAGGGUGAACUGUCCCCUUAGCUGCUACGGAGAGAGUCCAGAUGGGAAGAAGUCACCAGUGGAUCAAGGUGCUGCUUCCAGGAAUGAAGCAGAGCAGGACUGUCCCUGACUGAUGUUUUUUGUACAAGUCUACACCAAGAAAUUGCCUAGUUUUGACCAGAAAUGAGCCUGAACCAGAAGCCUCCUUAGAUGCAGCAUCAUCAAGCCAAUCUGGAGGGCCACACAGGCCCCAGCAUCUGUUGUUUGAGGAACUUCUCAUAUGUGGUGGUAAAAUAUUAAGUUCAGAGCCAUUUGGCUUGGGAGGUGUUGGCUCAGGACCUUACUGAAAGAGACAGAGGGGAAAGAGAACUUAUGGGGCUUGCUUGACCUCUUAAUAGCCCAUUAUAUUGGGUUAUUCUUGCUGGUAUGCCCAUUAAAAAACGCAAAGCUCUUUUUAAAGUUGUCACAAUCAGAGAAUGAAAAGUUUAUGUAAAGACUUCUGGGCACCUGAGAAGGGGUGGGAGCAGGCAGAUAUCUCAGAAGUGGCUGCUGCCUCCACAAACAUUGAGCCUUUCUGGUUUAAUCCGGGUAGACAGAAAGAGGUUCAUCCCCACUAAUGUCUGAUCUACUCACUUUUCUGUAAAGGAGCAUCAAAACAAAUAGCAAAGAAGAGCAUGAAAUGCAAAGUCAGGAACUUCCUGACCCGAAGGUCUACCAUAUUCUACAACAAUGUCACAAGGUGUAUGUCAUCCCCCAUAAAGCUCUCUUGCCACAUCCUAAAAAAACACAGAAUCACAGAAUGAUAUGGGGUUGGAAGGGACCUCUGGAGAUCAUCUAGAUCAACCCUCUGCCAAAGCAGGGUCACCCAGAGCAGGUCCCACAGGAACGUGUCCAGGUGGGUUUUGAAUGUCUCCAGAGAAGGAGACUCCACCACCUCUCUGGGCAGCCUGUUCCAGGGCUCUGUCACCCUCAAAGCAAAACUCAGGAUCUUAAAGCAAAAAUUUUGCCCUGUCUUUCAACAAUCGGGGAAGGUCUUAAAAACUAUCACAGCAAGUACCAUCUCCAGCUCUAUACAAAUGCAGGAAUGACAUGUGUGUGGUUUCUCUAAGAAAGUGUAAAGUCUCUCAUCUGCUUUCCAAGUCUGUGGGUGAGAGGCAGAUUGAGGUUAGCUGCAGAGGAUUAUUCCUCCCAGAGAAAAAGCUGAUUGAGUCUUCUCCCUCAAAAUCUUCUUUCUUAUCUUUGCAGCAUAUGCUUAUCUAGAGAGGCCAGCACAUUUUUUUAGCCUACUGAUCUGUUAACAGUCUUCUGUCUCUUUCAGGAAAUCCUGAGCAAUUCUCAGCUUCACGACAUGUCGAUUAGUGAUGUGCUUCUUCUUGAGUUUCUUAGAAAAAUGCGGCGUAUUUUCACCUCUGGUAUUUCCUCACGGUGUAUUCGUGCAGUGUACACCUCCUGCUAAGCCCAAUUAAGAUUUCCAGUUCCACAUUUCACAGAAUCACAGGAUCACAGAAUGAUUUGGGGUUGGAAGGAACCUCUGGAGAUCAUCUAGUCCAACUCCCCUGCCAGAGCAGGUCCACCCAGAGCAGGUUGCACAGGAAUGUGUCCAGGCUUCUGGGCCGAUCGAACCCCGGUUCACGAGGCAGCCAGGCGGGGGGAGAUCCUGCAGCUGCAGCAGCUGAUAGAGAGCGGAGCCUGCGUCAACGCCGUCACCUACGACUCCAUCACCCCCUUGCACGAGGCCAGCCUGCGAGGACAAACGCAGUGUGUCAAGCUCCUGCUGGCUGCAGGAGCCCAGCCCUUUUCUAAAGGUAGCUCGGAGUGCGUGCAACUCCUCAUCGACGUCGGCGCCAACCUGGAGGCUCACGACUGUCAUUUCGGGACGCCCCUCCACGUGGCCUGUGCCAGGGAGCAUCUGGACUGUGCGAAGUUGCUGCUCAAGGCAGGGGCAAAUGUGAACGCUGCUAAACUUCACGAGACGGCCCUCCACCACGCAGCCAAAGUGAAAAACGUAGACCUGGUGGAGAUGCUGAUUGAAUUUGGAGGAAACAUUUACGCCAGGGACAACCGGGGAAAGAAGCCAUCGGAUUACACCUGGAGCAGCAGUCCCACCGCGAAGUGCUUCGAGUACUACGAAAAGACCCCCUUGAGUUUGUCGCAGCUCUGCCGCGUUACGGUGAGGAAAGCUGCCGGGCAACGAGCGCUGGAGAAGAUCGCCAAGCUUGAUAUUCCUCCACGAUUAAUCCAGUACCUGUCCUACAACUGACAGGGGCGAAGGUGACCGGAAAGGACGAUACCUUUAGCUCCCACAGUACGAAGUAUCUUGUCUCUUUCUCUUCUACCUCCCCCCCCCCCCC